AUGCUGCAUGUUUCACAAAUGAAGAUGAAUGUCUUUGUUCUUCUUAGAGUCGGCAGUCGAGACGGGGACCCUGGAGGUCGAGGUAGCUGGUGGUUCACACCUGUAUUGCAGAUUGCAAAACCAGCCGGCUGGGCAGUAGCCGCUUCUACAGCAGAACGCACCCUGGGGCAUGCAUCCCGCAAGGCAGAGUGCCUGGUUGGCCAGGCAUUGCCCGUUUUGCUGCUUGAGAAGGGGUGCCGAGGGCAUCACGCCACUGAGAUCGCGUUGGAGAAGAGUAGCUUCAUGAGCUUCCAUUUCAUUCAAGGCAGCGGCAAUGCCAGUGAGGAAAAGGACGAAGAAUGA